AUGGCGGAGGGGGACGAGCAAAAGAAGUUCGAAAUCACCCUGUGGUAUGCACCGACCAAGAAGCCAGUCAAUAAUCCGCUGCUCCUCUCCUUUUGGAAGUCUUUGGUGGCAUGGAUUCCUCAGGCCUUCAUCUAUUCGGACAAGAGAAUCUGGAAGGAGAAGGGAGCAGACGCGAUCAUGCACAUCCGCUUCCUGCGCAUCUGCCUGCUAUUGUGCGGAAUGAUGGCCCUCUUCGGCAGCGCCGUCAUCAUUCCCAUCAACAUCCACGGUACGACGACUGAGCAGCUUCCGGACCUGGGCUAUCUGACCAUCUCUAACAUCGACGGCACCGACACGAAGCUGAUCGCCCACGUGCUCUUCACCUACUUCUACUCGUUCGUGUCCUACUUCAUCAUCUGGUUCUACUACCGCAAGUACACCGACCUCCGCAAGAAGUACCUCAACAAGAACGAGGUCAAGGGGUACUCGAUCAUCCUCCGCAACCUGCCCACGCGCCUGCGCGACAACCAGAGCCUUCGGCAGUGGUUCGAGGACCAUUUCGACGGCGUGAAAGUAAUCAGCGUGCGGCUUGUCUGGAAUGACAAGAAGCUUCGUAAGUUGAGAAAGAAGCGCGUUCGGUAUCUAAACAAGCUGGAAAUGGCGGAGCAAGACCUGGAGGAGUUCGACAAGUUCAAGCGGCAGUGGAACAACAAGCUCACCGAGCUCAAGCGGAAACGCGAACUGCGCGAAUGGGAGAACUCGCGCGACCACACCCACGUCAUGGAAGUCCACCACCCGCAGUCGCCCGCGCAAGGCAAGACUGACAGCGGCGGCAGCAGCAGUAGCGAGCGGACUCACAACGACAACGACAUCUCCGGGGCGAUGACCAGGGGCGAGGGCAAGCACCACAACGGCGAGCUGCUGACGACCAGCGGGCACCUGCGCGCCACCAUGCGCGAGAGCAACUUCAUCCUCACCCUCUCCGGCGGCCGGCUGUCGUACGACACGCUACCCGACGAGCUGGAGAUGGAGACCAGACCGUCGAAGCAUUCAGGCCUCGAGGGUGGUGGCGGCGACAAGGGCCGGGACGUUGAGGGUGGCGGCGGCGGGCCGCUCGCCGACCCGGAGGAGAGGAGGCGGCGCAAGUCGUGCUGCUUCUGGUUCCUCUACGAGUGGCGCAAGUGGAAGUGGAAGAUGAAGAAUCGCACGAUCCUCAAGCAUUGCAUGGGCGACCUCAAGCGCAACAGCGACAACGUGCCCAAGCGGCUGGCACACCUGAUCGACGAAGAGAUUGCAUCGAUCAGAUAUCUCAAGGCCAAGAUCGCGAAGCUGACGUCGCACAUCAGCGCGAUUCAGGCCAACCCCGAGAAGCACCUCCCCAAGACCGGCGUGGCCUUUAUGGUCUUCGACAGCAUGGUGGUGCCGCGCAUGACGAUCCAGCCCUUCGUCGCGCCCCACGAGAUGAUAAUCUCCGCUGCUCCCGAACCCAACGACGUGUCGUGGAAGACGCUCCACCCGCCCUACUGGCGCCUGCUUCUCACGCGCACGGUGGUCAUCGUCGGCCUCACCCUCAUGGCCAUCGCGUGGGCCUUUCCCGCAUUCAUCUUUGCCAGUUUGGCCAAUUUGCAAUCGCUGAGCGAGGUCGACGGCUUUGGGUGGAUCCAGACGGGCAUCAGCGACCACCUGUCGGACUACGCCGUGUCGGUGGUCGAGGGCUUCGCUCCGGCGAUCUUUCUCGUUCUGUCACUCGUGCUCGCCAAGCACAUCAUUCGCUGGAUCAUCCAUCGGUCGUACGAGUGGGCCAAAUCCACGGUGGAGUGGAAGACGAUGACGACCUACUGGUCCUUCCUGAUUAUUCACGUCGUGUUCGUCUCCACCUUUGGCGGCACGCUCUCCAAGAUCCUCUCAGAGUUCAUUGACAACCCCAGAAACCUGAUCUCGCUGUUGGCGCAGGCCCUGCCGCAGAAUUCGACAUUCUUCAUCAACUACAUCCUCGUGGUCACCUUCUGCAUCACGCCUCUCACGCUCUUCCGCACCCGGCAAAUUCUGCAGCAGUUCGUGUGGUAUGUGCUCAUGCGGCCUUCGACCGUUCGACAGAAAGCCAAAAUGUGGCAGUACCCGACCUUCGACUACGCAGGCAGCGUGGCGCAGGGGCUGCUCAUCUACACGGUCACUCUGGUCUACAGCCUCAUGGCGCCACUGAUCAGCGUCUUCGGGCUGUGCUACUUCAUCGUGGUCUAUCUGGUGGAUCGCUACCAGAUCAUCUACACCACCCGCACCUCAUGGCAGGGCGGUGCGACGAUGUGGCCGCUGAUCUUCCACAUGUUCAUGACGUCCCUCAUCCUCUUCCAGCUGGCCAUGAUCGGUAUCCUCACGCUGAGCAAAUUCGGCGGCGGAGGGGCGCUGGUCGCCCUGCCCUUCAUCACGGCCGGCAUCUGGGUCCUGCUCCAUUUCCACUGGGUGACCGUCUCCAACAGCGGACCUAUCAAUGGCGUAUCGACGCUCAAGCCUCUGUCGUACGAAGAGUUCAGGAAGGCCUACACCCAGCCGAGCAUGCUUGCUGUCGAGCAGGAGGACGCCAACUACGCCAAGAGGGCUGCCACAAGCACUACAGAUUCGAGCUACGAUCGUGAUGCGUACAGCAACGACUUCAGUGAUGACGACGAGGACUUUGAGCAGGAGCAGGAGCGCACGGAGACGGAACAGGACGAUAGCGAUGAUGAUGAUGAUGAUGAUGAUGAUGAUGAUGGCAUCGACGACAGCUACGACAGCCCGGCCGAGGAGAAGAAGACGGCGGUGAGGGGCGGAGGAGCUCCACGCACGCUCCAGCAGCGACGGCCUGCAGCUGCGCCCACGCAACGACAUGCCGCCAGCAGCGGCGACGGCUAUGACUAUGACUUCAGUGAGGACAGCGAUGACACCACCGAACCGACCAGCCCCAACUACUUUCACGUGUGA